AUGGACAAGAGACUCUUGUACCGAGCGAUUAAUCUGUCGGAUGAGCAAAUCGCAAUGUACAAAGAAUGCGUUCAAAAUCCUGAUGAAUAUCAAACGUUUCAAACAUCUACAUCGACUAGUCGGAGUCGUACUGUAGCUGAGUUGAUCGAUACCAACGAUCUAUUCAUUAUGAGGGUGAAUUGUGCUUUUACAGCAGAUAUUCAACCAUAUUCGAUAAUGCCUCAUGAAGAAGAAAAACUGAUUAAUCCUGGUGUGUCGUUCACUGUUAAAAACAUAAACAUGAACACGAAUACGAAUACAAACAAAAAUGUAAUCUAUCUACAACCGAAGCAACACUUCAAUAAGGCGGCCAUACAUGAAAUAUCAAACGUUCAAGCGGAGAUCUCAGCCGACAAUUCCUCUACAUUUCGUGAUUUCCCCUACAAGGGUAUAUUGGGCAUUCUUGUUAAUGAUCCUAAUCGUGUUCGUCGACUUGAUCGUAAUGGCUUUGAUCAAUCUGAUCCUUUGCUAACUUUUUUUUCAUUAUCACGCGACGGUGGUAAUCAUAAGGACUCUAGUGUAUUUCGUACUUUGUGUACCCGGUUUCGAGUAUUAUUCAAGAAUAAUGAUGAUUUGGCUAUCGAGGAAUAA